UCACACAGAAUUGUUAGGUUCAUACAAUCUCGUGAAUAGUUUUCCUUUGGUUUCUCAAAAUACAGCGAAGUACCAGGCUGUUUACCUGUAUGUUCUUGAUAUACGUUCCACAGUUGCUUAUGACAAGAUGUGUCUUCCAUUUCAAGAUAACAGGGAUGAAAAUAACAAGUGUGUUCUUCAAGAAAUUCCUUGAAAAGCAAACGUAAAAAUAAAACAUCAAAAGAUAAUUUAAACUUUGCGGAAAUUUGAGUAUCUGUUUACCACUAAAAUCAAGCUUUAAUAAUGGCUACUGCCACCAUGAGUUACCAAACAUCUGGUGUGGCUGCUGUUGGAUUGACUGCACAAGAGCAGAAGGACAUGGAAAGAUUUGUGAAAUUUUUGAGCCAAAAAAUGGUACAAGUCAUUGUUCAAUCAAGGCUUGGGGAAAAGAUUUGCACUCCAUGCAAGGCACACCCUUCUACAUCAGACUGGUUUAAUUUGGGAAUUGAAGAUAUCCCAGAAGUGGUUGUAGAAACAAAAAAAGCAUUAAAAGGACAACUUCUUACCAUUGGGAGCCCACCUUUAUGUGUUGAAAUAUCUUUAAAAACUGUUGAAGGUGAUUCAUUAAUUCUAGAAAAUUGGAGUCUGACAGUUAAUGAAAAUUCAGAACCACUGAAUCGAGUCACCUAUACUGUGUACAGCAGAAUGUCUUUACUAUUGAAAUCCAUAAUUUCAGUCAGUAGAAUAACUCCUGCAUACAAACUUUCUGGAAGACAAGGAGCAGACAGCUUCGUUUUGUGCUAUCGCGUAUAUUGUGGCGAACCUCAUGGAUUGGGUACUUCGACCAAAAACUGUACCAUCGGUCAAGUUGACACACCCAUCGGCUUGUAUAGCGUCGUGUUGAGCUAUCGCACGCAACUAGCCCUAUCUCCGAAAGACGGAGCAAUGUUGGUGAAAAGUGACCAUUUCGAUCAGCAUUUGAUAAGUGAUCAAUACAGUCCACGGCUAUGCCGAGCAGCCGACAGUAAAGGAGACAGAGGAGGAGAAAGUAGUAGCGGAAGCGAGCCCGUAGCAUCAGAUGAGAGUCAAGAUGCAUGUCGGUUGUUUGUCAAUUCGCCACCAGGCAACAAAGUAGCAGAGUAUCAAAAUUUACUGCAGCAAAACCGAUACUCCUUUGAUGACGGACCCAAGUUUGGUGCGUUUGCCGAUCCAUCUUCUGCUCGCCGUAACCUAUCUGCUGAGUUCGUGUUACCGGAAUUGCCACUACCCACAUUUAUGAAAAUCAAGAGCUUAAAAGAUGUAAAAAAAGAAAACGAGCAGCGUCCUCUAGUCACUGGUGGUUCGGCUGUGGUUCCAACAAAAGAGGUCGAUGUAACCGAAAACGCAAAUCAGACGAAUAUCUCGAUAGGACCUGUCAGUACUAGUGACGAAUUCGUUAUGGUUGAGUCGCUGAAAACACCGUUCACCGAAGGAGACUCAUCUCACGAUGUCGGUGCCUUUUUCCGUGAAUGUCAAUCGGCUCCCGUUUCCCUGCAAUCUUUUAAUCGCUCAUGUGGCAUCGCUACCCAAGAGAUCGGUUCUCAGCUUGAACAAUUCGAAAAAGACCUCGAAGGUUAUGACGACCUCGUACAGUCGCUGUGCAUAGAUUCUGAUGAGAGUGGAAAAUAGUGAACUCCAUCUGUAUAAAGCAUGUACAUUGAUAUGACUAACCAAUAUAUUGCUGGGAAAACGA